AUAGUGAUAUUAAUUAUUUACUACAUUUUGUUAUUAGUUUGUGUUUUAAUUUCAGUUGCAUUUUUAACUUUAUUGGAACGAAAAGUAUUAGGUUAUAUUCAAAUUCGUAAAGGUCCUAAUAAAGUUGGAAUUUCUGGAAUUCUACAACCAUUUUCUGACGCUAUUAAAUUAUUUACAAAGGAACAGACUUGGUCUUCUGUUUCUAAUUACCUUUUAUAUUUUUUUUCUCCUGUAUUUAUAUUUUUUAUAUCUUUAUUUUUAUGAUCUAUGAUACCUUUUAUAACUGGGUUUUUUGAUUUUGAGUUUGGAUUUUUCUUUUUCUUAUGUGUUUUAAGAUUGGGAGUUUACCCUUUAAUAAUUGCUGGAUGAUCGUCUAACUCAAAAUAUGCUCUAUUAGGAGGUUUACGGGCUGUAGCUCAAACUAUUUCAUAUGAAGUAAGAUUAGCUUUAGUUCUUUUAUCUUUUAUUAUUGUUGUUGGAGAAUAUAGAUUGGAAGAUUUUGUCGAAUAUCAAAAUUCUUUUUAUUUUAUUUUCUUUUUUUAUUUGUUAUCUCUUGUUUGAAUUGUAUCUUGUAUAGCUGAAAUAAAUCGAACUCCUUUUGAUUUUGCUGAAGGAGAAUCUGAAUUAGUGUCAGGUUUUAAUGUUGAGUAUAGAGCUGGGGGCUUUGCUUUAUUAUUUUUGGGUGAAUAUUCUAUAAUUAUUUUAAUAAGAACAGUAAUAGUUAUCUUAUUUCUAAGUGGGGAUUUAUAUUUUACAUUUUUUUUAAAGGUAGGAUUUUUUAUUACUUUGGUAUUAUGAUUACGAGGUACCCUUCCCCGUUACCGGUAUGAUAAAUUAAUAAGUUUGGCUUGAAAAAGAAUUUUACCUUUUACUCUUCAUUGUUUAUUUAUAUAUAUGGGUUUCAAAGUAGUUUUUGAAGUAAUCUAA